GUCGUUGUUAGUGUGUUGUCGCUCACAGACACAGCAGAGAUGGCGUUGGAACGAGCCACGACAGUGCGACAGGUUGAUUCCCAUACCUACAGUGCCGACUUUGCAGAAGACUGGUGUAUAGGAUCCGUUCCUCACGGUGGCUAUGUCACGACAACAAUCCAAAAAGCUGUGAAAAAGCACUUCGAAACCACCCUCAGCGACCAAGACCAACCCCAUAUUCUCGCCUUACAUCUCGAUUUCCUUCGAAGAACACAGACGGGCCCCGCCACAUUCACCAUCAAGGACGUCAAACUGGGGCGGCAAACCUCUGUUGUUCAUAUCUCGCUCUCUCAAGAUGGGCGUGAAGAAGUUGUUGGCUACUGCACCCAAACCAACCUCACCAAAGAAUCCGGUCUUUCCUUCUCCACAAACUGGACCCCUCAACCUCCUAUCACCCCUCUAACCUCCACCCUCACCGCCCUCUCCCUAGGUCAAGACCCCGCCUGGACCGAACUCUCCGACUGGCCCAACAGCAACUUCCGCAAAGCAACCCGCCAAAUCCGCUCCUUCUUCCCCCGCGCAGGCCAACCCUCCCAAAACAUCUACGACGAAUGGAUCUGUCUACAAGACCCCUCCGAAAACUGGACAAACGACAAUCUCGGUUUCCUAAUCGAUCUCUUCCCCCAAAUUCUCGAAACCUACAUCUUACAAGGUUUCGAUCAAUAUAAUCCCACUCUCCUCGAAACCCCUUCCGGAAGAACUUUGCGUGAAAGCAAAAAAUCCGAAACCCCGUUUUGGUAUCCGACGGUAUUGUUGAAUUUGGAUGUGAAGAAAUUGUUGCCGCAGGGGGGUGUGAGAUUUUUGUCUACGAGAUUACAGACAAAGGUGAUUCGGGAGGGGAGAUAUGAUUUGGAGGUGGUGGUGUGGGAUGAGAUGGGGGAGGUGGUGGCGUUGAGUCAUCAUGUGUGUUUUGUGGUGAGUGCGGAGAGGAAUUUGAGGAAGAGGAGGACGAGGGAGGAGGGAGGGAGUAAAAUUUAGGAAGAAGAAGAACUACCUGUGGAGGUGAAAUGAAGGUAGAUAGAUGUUUGUGAGAGAAGAAGAUAUAAAGUCGCUACGAGCCUGCUUCUGCGAUAUUGGAAUCAAG